UUUGACUGUUAGUUUAUGACUUUUUAUGAUCAAUCCCAGCAGACCAAGGGCAACUUGGGAACACCUCUCGGAGUGCGAGUUGGGAGCGGCACUAUUGUCAGGGGGCUACGUUCAGAUCAGCUCUUACUUCACAAGAUGCAGAACGCCCACAACACCCACACUAAUACAAGUCUCAACAGAAUAGAAACAUUCACAGAAAAAAAUGUUGGAGGUCACGAGUCAGUGAGGGGUGCCAGCUCCGUCGUAUCUCUCACAUCUCAGCGGGGAUUGACAGUCAGUAUAAAAAACAACAUUGCUUCACAUCAUUCACAACACAAUGGUAUUGCUCACCGGAAUAGACCACGCCUCAACAGAAACAGAAUGAACCAAAAUGCAUCCAGCAAUUAUGCUUCAACAACAUUUACAGUUGUAAAUGAUCGUGUUUACCCUCCACCAGAGCCCCCUUUCCAGAUGUCUAAAGAUCCUCCCAGAAGACCCAUCAAACAUAAUAUAAUCUCCAAUAGGGAUCCAAGAGCUAGAAUGUCAAUGCCCAUGACAAAUGUAACUCCAGAAAACUUGCGAUCCAUGCCAGAACCUCGAUCCAUGCCAGAACCCCAUAGGCAAAUAUUGGAUCCCAAAGUACAAAAAGAAAUAGCGAUGCUUCAGGGGAAAGAGGAGGUGUCAUUAAAUAAUGGUCCCGGGCCAGGAGUAAAGGGGUUCAGACACAUCCCCAGCCAGACUACUCGAUCCCUCAAUGAACGCUUUACUGAAGAGCGAAUGGUAACCGCUUAACAUAUAACUCUCUGUCGUUUUAAUAAAUAUGCUUCAUUUAUGAGAGUAAAAGUUCACUGUGUUGACUUUAAGCUUUUAUGCUCAUUUGUUUGCUUGGUAGCUCUGUUGUUGGUGAAAUAAAUUUUAUAAAUAGAAACUUUUUUAAGUUAAAAUGCAAGUUUUUGUGCACUUCGGUGUUAACUUGUCAAUCUUAUUUAUUGUCUUCAUUGGUAAUAUAUUUCUAUCCUACUAAUACAUCUGUAUGCCCUUUAAUGUAUACAUGGUUUCAGUUGUUCUGUACAUUAUAUUAAAUGUAAAUUUAUGAUAUUUAUCAAUAAGCUUUAUGAUUUACACAAGAGUAUAUUUCAGCAUGACAAUCUGUGUCUUUUAAGCUCAUGUACUGCACAGAAUUAUUUUUGUGUUCUAUUCAUACAAUGGUAAAAUGUAUUUUAUGUCCCUCAAUAAUAUCCUCUAAUCAUUAGAGUAAUUUUUUGUGUGGAAUUACAGCCAACUACUGGCCAAAAUGUAUUAAUUGUCAAGUUAUGAACCUAUUGAUGGCAGAUCUCUCAUAUACUGUACCAUGCAUGAGGCAGUCUGCCAUGAAUUUAAGAUAAACAUUCUACUUUGUUUAGUCAGUCAUGGGCACUCAAUUUUUUCCCACUCUUGCAAGACUUUUCUUGCCUUGGUGCAAAGUGGCCAGAAUAAAGAGCCUCGGAGAUAUCCUCUCAUAUGCUAUCUUUCAUUAAUUUUAACUGACAUUUAUUUGAUUAGGUGUUAAGUUUUGUUGUUUAAUAAUUUAUUGCAUUUGUAAGACAUUUGCAAUGCACCAGUUAUAUGAUUCAGACAUGAGUUUGGAUGUAAGGAGGGGGGCCCCCAAAUUCGCUGGGGUUUGAUUCUCAAAAUGGCCGCAAAUCGGCAAAUAACAUUUGCGGACCCAGGGGGGGAGGGGGGUACAUUUUUACUUGUGUACAAAGAAAUGGAUAUUCCCUUUAUGGGUUUGAUCUUAGGAAAAUUAUUUCUUUUACCUGUAUUGUAUAUGUGUGUGUGUGUAGACACAAACACACACACACACACACACACACACACAAUCAAGGGAAAUACUCUCACAAA